GGUGGGGGGGUCCCAGGCAGGCUCUGAGCCCCUCCCUGCCCCAGGCUGGCCCCCCAGCCUGGGCUCGCUGCUGGGCACGCUGCUGGAGCUCAGCACCUACGGGCUGCUGCUCUGCUGGACCGUGCGCUGCUUCGGCCUGCAGCUCGACUGGGACAGGAGGCUGCUGGACUCCAAAGUGGCCUUCACCUACCACGAGUUCACCUCGUGGCUGCGCACCGUGACGCUGCCGCUCGUGGGGGUGGCCUUCCUGUCCCUGUCCUGGGAGAUCCUGGUGGCCAUGUACCG